UCCCGUGCACCGGGAGCGAGGCAGGCAGUUGGAAGCGCCUGCGCGGACGAGACUGGGUUAUCCUGUGCGCCUGCGCGGCCCGCUCCCGUCGUCACCCACGCCUGCUUCCCGCCAGUGCAAAGUGCAGUGACUUGGAGGCCGUUGUUGUCCGCACCUCCGCUGACCCACCGAGCCGCCGAGCCAUGGUGGGCAGGCGCUCUGAGCAGACCCAGGGGCAGCUGCUGUCCUUUGGCAAGGAUCUGCUGGCUGGCGGCAUUGCGGCUGCCGUGUCCAAGACGGCCGUGGCGCCCAUCGAGCGGGUGAAGCUGCUGCUGCAGGUGCAAGCGUCGUCCAAGCAGAUCAGCCCCGAGGCGCAGUACAAGGGCAUGGUGGACUGCUUCGUGCGCAUCCCGCGGGAACAGGGUUUUCUCAGUUUUUGGCGUGGCAAUUUGGCAAAUGUUAUUCGAUAUUUUCCAACACAAGCUCUAAACUUUGCUUUUAAGGACAAAUACAAACAGAUUUUCAUGUCAGGAGUUAACAAAGAUAAACAGUUCUGGAGGUGGUUUAUGGCUAAUCUAGCCUCAGGCGGAGCUGCAGGGGCGACAUCCCUAUGUGUGGUGUAUCCACUAGAUUUUGCCCGAACUCGAUUAGGGGCUGAUAUUGGAAAAGGUCUUGAAGAACGGCAGUUCAAAGGUUUAGGUGAUUGCAUUGUCAAGAUAGCAAAAUCUGAUGGCAUCACUGGUUUAUACCAAGGAUUUGGGGUUUCUGUUCAAGGUAUCAUUGUGUAUCGAGCCUCCUAUUUUGGAUCUUAUGACACAAUUAAGGGCUUAUUGGCAAAUCCAAGGGACACCCCAUUCCUUGUGUCCUUUUUCAUCGCUCAAGUUGUAACUACUUGCUCCGGAAUAAUCUCUUAUCCCUUUGACACCGUCAGAAGGCGCAUGAUGAUGCAGAGUGGCGAGGCGGAGCGCCAGUACAAGGGAACCAUCGACUGCUUUGUGAAGAUAUACCAACACGAAGGCUUCGGGGCUUUCUUCCGUGGAGCCUUCUCCAAUGUCCUCCGAGGCACAGGCGGUGCCUUAGUGCUGGUCUUGUAUGAUAAAAUCAAAGAGCUGUUAAAUAUUGACAUUGGAGGCAGUUCAGUGGAAUAAUUGGCAUGAGUGCAGAGCUUCCUUGUUUGAAGAGCUACCAUUUGUCUAAUUGUUAGCUCGUUGUUUCAUAUAUCAGUAUUUUCUAAAAUUGCUCUGGCUGUUUGUACAAUUUAAAGACUCUCAGUCAGAUAGUUAAGUGCUUUUUCACCCUCUCUGGAAGCAUUUCCCAUUUAUCCACCAGUAGUACAUACUAUUUGUAGCAGUAUCAAAUAUUUUAUUUUUAUUACCAAAAAUAAAAGUGUCUUGUUUAAAAUAUGA